AUUUCAACUGAUUGAACAAAGUGAAAAAUACAUUUCGCAAAGUUAGACGUAUUUGUGAAAUACGUCCAACAAAAGUAUUUCUAUAUUGCUCAUUUUCAUCUGUUACAAAGUGACAAGAAGUGAAAAUGUUACUUUACACUUUUCUGUUUAUUUCAAUUUUGAUCCCUGCUUUUACAGCAGAAAGAGUGGAAAUUUGCGUAUGCUGUGAUGAGGAAAUUGGUCAAUCCAUCUCCGAUAAAUGUGAUAUAGCUGCAAAAAGUAUCAAUGAGGAAGAACAAAAAGUACUCCAAGAACUUUGUGAAGAACGCAAAAGUAUGAUAUCUAUUUACGAUACAUAUCAGCAAAACCAAAGUCCUUCUGAUCUCAACUACUUGAUUUUGAAGGAUACAAAAAUUGAUUCUGUGGAGUAUCCUAGUGAGGAUUGCGAAAAGAUAUUUAACAAUUUAAAAAGUGAUCUUUUCUGGGUAUCUGGAGAUAGAUACAUAAAUUCCUUACAGAUUAGGGAUAUAAUAUCUCGCAAACAGAUCUCUUCUAAUCAUUCAGAUUCAUCAAUUUAUGAAUUACUUAAGUUCUAUGGGUAUGGGUAUGAAAACAUCCCUUUAAGUUCCAAUCCAAAAUUGAGGAAUAUCAAUGGAACCUACGAGUAUCUCAUGAAAAUUACACCACAACUGCAGACGAUUCAUGAUAUUGAGUAUUUUAAGGAGAAGAAAGUCUUGUCUGCAGAACUAGUAACAUUAGGUUACAUUACUGUUGGUGACAGUGAGUUAAAAGAUCACAAUCAUACUCACUACGUAAAAGUACCAAAGAGAACUCGUUACAAUUUCGAUGGGUACGUCUUAGAAAAUUCCGAAUUGAAGAUCCUUGACGAAAACAAUACUUUUGCAAUGAAAUCUGAUGGAACAAUUGAAGAAAUAGUGAUCAAGAAGUUAGACGUUAACACAUAUUUUAUGCCAGGAUGGUACCUAACCGAAAAAGUCUUGGGGCGAUGGGUGAAUACAGAAAAACAAUUCACUGCAAAGAUUAUAAAAGAAUUUCUGAAAAACAAUAAUCAGUUAACAAUGGAAGAAAUUAUAACUGGAACGAGAAUUGAGUCGGUUAUUGAAGUUCUAGACUUAGGGGAGAAUGCUGUAUACAACGAGGAUUACUGGUACAGACCGUUUGGGCAAUUAACCCUGAGUGUGAGUGAUAGAGCAAUGGCUGGUAUGCUCUUUACUCUUGCGGGUGUUUUGAUCUUGGGAGUGAUAUUCUUCCUGCUGAAGAAAUGCUGUUCCUGCUGCUUUAGAACUCCAGUUGAGCCUGGAUAUCAGAGACUUGAUGAAACGAUUACAGCUGCAUCCACAUAAAUUCUACACAUAUUUAUGUUGAAUAUCCUUUGUAGAAUUUACUAAUAAAAUCACACACUUUCGUCUUCAAUAAAAUAAA